AUGGCCACCAACGACGACGACGGCGAAAGGAAGAAAACUAACAGUAUAGUUCUUCAUCCUUUGAAAAAUUGCCCCGCUGGUGAGCACUGCACUUAUAAUGACACUCAAACCAACAAAUUGCCAUGCUGUAACAUACCAACAAUUUCCCAUGGUGCAGCAGGAACAUCUUUAUUUGUCUCAGUUAUAUCAAAGAUGGUUAUAGAUUUUACCUUGAACAUGCCGAAAACUGCUUCACUCCAACUACAUCAGUGUAAAGAACACCCAACCUUAAGAUCACUUCCAGAAUAUCCGUCGGUCAUACUUGGUAUUGCAUUCAAUUAUAAGGAAAUAUAA